GUAAACAAACUCUGAGCAGAUCAUAUUCACUCACUCACACACAAAUGCAUACAUACGCUCGCCUUCUCUUGAACUUCCAUUUGAGUAUUUGCAGAGGCAGCAUAUUUGAAAGUAGGGUUCGUGAAGGAGAUGCUAUUUGCAUGGCUCGACUUUUCAUUCGAGGAGGCAUUCAGUUGACUAUUGACAUUGGUUAAUUAUGCAAGCAUAUUUUUUGUGAAAUAUUAUUUUCGAUUAUAUAUACGUACAUAUAUUGUUCAAUGAGCGACUACAGCUGUGAGUGCAAAUUUGAGGGCAAGACAUUUGAUAAGGAAUUCGACCGAAUGUGGUUGGAUAUAGCCGAUGAGCUGCGACUGCAGCACGAAUCAACUGGCAUUGGUAAACUAUUUCAACACAAUCAGAUCGGCAGUCCGUGCGACAGUGGAUUCGAGAAAAUGUGGCGUCAGACUGAAGAGGAUCUGCAGAGGGAACAGGAGAUUGCAGAACUCACACAAAGAUUUUGGCAAAAGCUAAAUUUGAAACGUAAACAAUCUCGAUGGAAUGUGUGA